GGCAGGCAGAGCUUUGUUGGAUAUAUAACCUCCCUCCUCCCUCCUCCCUCCUCCUCCCCUCCUCCCUUCCAUUGCGCACAUCACCCUCUCUCCCUUCUUCUACAGAUACAGACGUCGUCACCAUUUAAUCAAAGGAAAAGGAAAAGGAAAAAGAGAAGGCAUGAGGCUCAGCUGCAACGGUUGCCGCGUCCUGCGCAAGGGCUGCAACGAAGCCUGCACCAUCCGCACCUGCCUGCAGUGGAUCAAGAGCCCCGAGGCGCAGGCCAACGCCACCGUCUUCCUCGCCAAGUUCUACGGCCGCGCCGGCCUCAUGAACCUCAUCAACGCGGGACCAGACAACCUCAGGCCUGCUAUCUUCCGGUCUCUCCUCUACGAGGCUUGUGGCCGCAUCGUCAACCCCAUCUACGGCUCCGUCGGUCUGCUCUGGUCCGGCAACUGGCACAUGUGCCAGGCCGCCGUCGAGGCCGUCCUCAAGGGCGCCCCCAUCGUCCAGAUCUCCUCCGAGGCCGCCGCCGCCAGCCCCACCCCCGCACACCUCCACAAGGCCUACGACAUCCGACACUUCUCCAAGCCAUCAGCUGCCGACCCAUCAACUGCACCACCGCUUGCCGGGGACCUCCACAAGGUUGCCAAGCCCGGCCGCACCCGCUUCAAGCGCGCUUCAUCCUCGUCCGCCUCCGCCCAACCCCGCAACAAGCAUCACAAGUCCGACAAGCCCAGCAAGAAUCAGCAGGCCCCUCGGGCGGACCUGGACCAUCAAGACGAUGAGCUCAUGACCGCCAAAGAGCUCCACCACGAGGACGACCUCCAAGAUCAGUCUCCUCGAGCCACACUGAGCCACGCCUCGUCCGACACCCACGACGAGGAGCCCCACUCCGGCCCGGAGGCGUCGCUGGACACCGACGCGGAGGCGGGUUCGCACGUCAGUCAGGCCGAGCAGAGCACAGCGCCCGCGGGGCCAGCCGCACAGAACCUCCUCGAGGAGCUUGAAGAUGAGGAGCAGCAGCAGCUCGGCCUGGAGCUCACGCUUGGGUUCGCGCCCGUGGUGGCAGCGUGUGUCGCGCGGCCCGCCGCGGACGCUGGUUGCAGGCUCAGAGGUUGGAGCGCCAGCGAGCCGGGUGUCGCCGGCUUCCGGUUCCUCUAGCCAGCUCAGCUAGCUAGCUGCAUGGUCCAUGUCGAUCUUGAGAGGGGCACUGCAAGACUUCCUACUAAUCCAUCGAUCCAUUGAUAGAGCAUAGUUUUCGGAGCAAACUAAAUGUUGGUUUUUUUCUUUCGUUCUUUCUUUCUUUCUUUCUUUCUUUGAAGAGCAAAAACCUUUUCUUCUUCUUCCUGUAAAGAAACAAAUUAAAUUGAUGCCAUUUCGUGAA